AUGCCCAAACUCCUGGUGGCAGGGAAGUGCGGAAUUUGCUUAGAUCAGUGCAUCCUACGAAACUUGAUUUUUGGAAAAGCCGUGGCUGCAGAGGGCAGUAAGAAAGGGGAGGAGCCGCGACAAACAGAACCAGAGGAGCAGGAAGAAUCACGACAGCACCACCCGCACAAGUCGCCAUCGGAAGGCGGUCAACCCUCACGAGAGGAGCCCCCUCCGACUAGAAUCCCACCAGCAUCAUCAGUACCGGUGGCACCAUCAGCCUUAUGGCUCGCCGAUAAGUCGAUUGUUUUGGUUCGAUUUUCUGAAUGUUUUCGCCGCGGUCGCGUUAUCCGCUAUGAUGCCGAGCUUAAUAUGUGCGUUGUGCAACUCGACUUAACCAAUACCGUUGUGAACAAAGGCAUCGAGGAUAUUUUCCCUGAUGACCCAGCCAUCAUUGCUGCUGAAGCAGCUUCAGAGAAAGCAAAGGAAGAGCGCCCUCAGUUGCAAAGAGAGAAGGAGGAAAAAAAGACGUUUGCUUGUCUGAGCAGCCCCCCGGUGUUUGUGCCACCAGAUUUCCUCGGGCCGAGCUCUGCACCCCCGACUUUGUGA